AGGGUUGAUGGACAGUGUGAAAUAGAGAAUAUCAAUGGAGGGUGUUGUGAAGUUUGCAUGCCUUGUUGGGUUUGUGGUGCUUGUGAGUAUUGCAAAGGUGGAUAGUGCUGGGGAAUGUGGAAAAUCUACUAGCCCAGAUAAUGAGGCUAUUAAGCUUGCUCCAUGUGGUUCAGCAGCACAAGAUGAGAAUGCUAGUGUAUCUCAGAGUUGCUGUGCACAGGUGAAGAAAAUAGGGCAGAAUCCUAGCUGCCUGUGUGCAGUUCUGCUAUCAAACACAGCUAAAAUGGCUGGAGUCAACCCUCAGAUUGCUGUCACCAUCCCAAAGCGUUGCAACCUCGCUAAUCGCCCUGUUGGUUACAAGUGCGGACCUUACACACUGCCUUGAAAGAGUGAAGGUUGUUACGGAAAUGAAAGAUGAGAGAAGGCGGAAAUACACUAUAUAUAUGGCUAUCAGCUGCUACAAAUGUGACUACACUCCAUGUUUGUUGUAUUGUAUUUGUAACUUCCAAUUGAAUAAGACCUAGCAGCUCAAUGCAUGAAUAAAAUAUUUACUUUAUGUGUUUCGUUU